CAGCUGCGAGAAUGAUGGAAAACCCAACCGCCGUAGAGCUGGUUUGUGUAAACCACAGACGACCAGUAAACCCUGGUCUCAGAUCAGCCAGACCGCAGCAAGGCCGCCCACACCAGUCAAGACCCCCACCAAGACAGCGGGGGCGACCUGCACGGCCCCGGGGUUGCAGGAUGUGUCCAUUCAACUCGUGAGGGUGGAUUCUCCCCCACGGCCACCGUCCCAGAUCGCAGCACCUGACAUGGAUGUGUCGCCAUUUCCAUCAAAAGAACCGAGUUCCACCUCAGAAAAUGGAUCACCGUCCCCGAUACAGAAUGAGGAGAAACCCUUCGCUACCCGUAUGGAUUUUAGCAGUCUGCCCUUCAACAAACCCCUCCCAGACCAUCCAGAACGAGCCCCCCCGGACCAGGACAUGGGACUGGAGGUGAAGACCCCCCCCGCCAAAUCCAAAUGGGUCAUCGGCCCGUUCUUUCAGUCCUUCAAGUCAAAAAUGGCGAGUUUCAGCGAGAUCGUCAUGAGUCCCGUGAAGCUCUUCACAGCACACAGCCCUCCCGAUUCCGCCAGCCUCGCCGACGAUCCAGAUCCAUCGGACCGGCCGGAGGUCAGACCGGACCGGUCCAACGGCUGUGAAGGUCAAACGGUAGAUGACGGUCUGAACGACGACACCCUGCCGUGGAUGCCUCCUUCGGCAUCGAAAGGGCUGACGGUUGAGGAGGAAGACGAGGAACAUCUCCGCGCCGCGUCGCUCGAGCGUUCUCCGACGAAACCCUCUGAGGUGAGCGAUGCGGCCCGCGGCUCGGUACCGGUCAGCAGACCACCGGCGGCAGACAUGGAGACCAACGACGACGAGCCGGUUCCUCUGCCUCCGCUUACCCCGGAAAAACACCCAGAACCCAGCAGAUUCAUCAGCAUGGAGAGAAGAGCCCAGAGAAGCAAGCGGCUGGUUCAAACGAAACCCCUUUACUCGCACUCAUUGAACAGAUUUGUGCUACGGAGCAAAUCUUUGGACAUUCUCCCCUGCAGAGAGACGCAGGAGGCUAGCUGUGCUGAGCCUCACCACAGACAGUUCUCUGUUGAGUGUACGGUGGAAGCCACCAUUGGGGACCUAAGCAAUGGCGAUGUCCUCUGUCUGGAUCAUUGUAUUGAAGGGGACUGCAGUGAAAGCUGCAGCAGCCUCUCUGUUAGGAAAAGCCCACGGAACUCUGCCAAAGAGGGAGCCAACGGUGCAUUAAAUACAAUCUCACAAACUCUUCCUAUUGGACAAGGACUGCCGGAGGCGGGCCCAGGCUCUGAUCCGGUCGGACGCAUCGGGAAAGCCAAGAGAAGAUUGACUCUUGAUCCUCAGCCACGAGGCGACGCUCGCUUGAAAAACAGGAAAAUAACCCGAUCGGAUAAAAGCACAGAAGAUCCGAUAAACGUAGACGUAAGUCUGCAUGUCACGGAGGACAGCGCAACCAGCCAUUUGAAAGAGCUCCGGAACGACCUCUCGUCGAAUGGCGUUCCUGUCUCGGAGAUGAAGCUGAACCCGCGGGCUAAGAAGGUGCAUCUUCUGAGGCGGAUGCAGAAGAAGGGAACAAGCCAACCGGAAAGUCUAUGUGCACCUAAAGAACCCACGUUGCACCGUGAAACUGAAAACCCCACUCCUGUGGUUGUUGCUGUUGACGCGUCGCAGCCCGGAAACACGACGUCGGAUAACUUCACAAACAAACCCCUCAACACCAGGAACCCCCGGGCGGCAACCAAGAAGGGCAUCUCGAAACCCGGCUCGCGUAAACCAGACUUUAAAUCUGACCGUAUGGAUUUGGGAACGUCGGCGAUGACCACUUGCACGCGAGACGCCGACGACGAGCGGCCGUGUCCGAACGUCCCGGACCAGCCCGUGGAGACCGUGCUCUGUGGCCCCCAGGUCCCGCUGCCCGCUCGGCCCUCCGGUUUGGGCAGGAAGCGGGACCUUUCGCCAGAGUGUGACGCAGACGUUUCCUCAAGUCUGAGCACGUUAACAAACAUGAACCAAAUGCCUAAGCCGGCGAAACGUGCGGCAGUUUGUAAGCAAGCACGUCCGACUAAAGCGCGGGGCGUGGCCGUGGACCACACCUCCGAGGCCCUGUUUGGAUUAGAUUCCGUCUCCGCCGUCCUGGAUGUCCCUGUGACUGCCAAGAGGCGUCGGAAAACCGGAGUCUGGAGGCCCAAAAAGGACUGUGGUGAAGCCGACGACCAAUCGUCGCAUGCAGUAAACCCGGCGCCACACACGCAGCGUGUAAACGGUCACCGGGGGAAUCACUGGAAGCACAAGACCAUUCCCGCGCACGGAGGCGAAAGGGACGAUGUUCUCGGUAGCGCUGAAGCUUCCGUCCAGGGGGCCGGGCGUCGUACGCAGGGCGCGACCGCCAACGGGCUCCUCGGUGUCCCGUCGGCCGAGUCGACGCACGGCAAAAGAAGCGUGAAGGUAAACCACACGAGGCAGGAGAGCCGAAGGAGGAAGGAAAGGCUGCUGUUCGGCGCCGACGUCUUCGAGGAACACGCCGUCGAGGAACGGGGGACCGGGAGGACCGACCUGAGGGAGCUGGACUUCACCUCCUCCUCCAGGGUCCUCCGGCGCAGCGUCUCCUGUCCGGAGAUCCACUCCCUCCACCAGCACCACGCCCUGUGGCCCUCCCCUCUCUACUCGCCCCAGCCCAGCAAAGGACGUGACGCCCACCAGUACCACCACCACCCCCACCCCCACCCCCACCAGCCGCUCCACGAUGUCCACCGGCUGCCACGCGUCCUCUGCAAGCCCCGGCGCACCCGGCGCCACACGGUCAGCACCGCGGAGGUGGCCCGGGAGAUCGCCCCCUUGUGUCUGCGCAAGGAGGUGUACCCCUCCAGGAGGUCCGGGGGGCCGGGCGCCACCGCCCCGGCCUCCCCCUUCUCGCUCUCGGCCCUGGCCUCCUGUUUCCUCACCAGCCCCAUGGCCUUCCUCUCCCGGCGGCUGGACGGGAAGAGCGCCACCGCGGCGGCGGCUAACUGUGCUAGCACCGCGGUGGCGGCGGCGGCUAACUCCCCUGGCGCACACGGACACCACUUCUCGCCGUCGCCGUCGCCGUCCACCGACUCGUUCCACUCUGCCGCCUCGUCCCCCUACGUGGCCUCCUCCUCCUCCUCCUCCUCCUCCUGUGUUUUCACCACUGCCUCUCCAGCGUCCGUCUCCUCGUCGCCGUGGCGACUGUUUCCCGGGUUCCACGCGAGGGCUGACCCCCCUGCGGUCAGCGUGUCCCCCGUCCACAGCGCGGCCUCCCAGAUGCCCAUAGAGAGCGAGGCGGAGAGGACCGAGGAAGAGGAGGGUGAAGACACACACUACCGCCGGCAGUUUGAGGAGAAAUCCCUGUCGGACUCCGAGAUCAAGGUGGUGAAAAUUACCGAAGAAAGAGGCAAGGUUUCAUCCAUCCGAAUCCGCAAAACCCGUCCCAAACCGCAGAACAACCUCACUCCCAUGGGGCUGCCCAAGGCCAUCAGGCUGAAGAAGAAGGAGUUCAGCCUGGAGGAGAUCUACACCAACAAGAACUUCACCGCGCCUCCAGAAGGCCGUCUGGAGACCAUCUUCGAGGUGCCACUGAGCCGCCGCAACGGCUCCACCUCUCUGUUCGGCCAGCGGCGCCUGAAGCGCGCCGUGGAGUUCCCCGAGGCGGGGGAGGCCCGACGACCGAAGAAGCCGCUCGGGGGCGGAGCCGGCGGCGGCGGCGGCGGCGUCAGCUCGGCGGGCAGGCCCCGGCGCGGGGGCUACCAGAGCGCCAAGGAGACCCCGUCUCUGAGCGCCCAGGACGUGGACUCGCUGCUCUGUGCCAAGCUGGACCAGCUGGACCUGCUGCUGACGCUGAACAACGGGGGGGCAACGCUGUAA